AUGUCCAGGGCCUUUCCGGCCCGGAUACUGGGUGGUAUCACUUUAUUAUCAACGUUCAUCGCCACUGUUCUCGAUGGCAUGUGUUACACAAUCUCCAGAUCCCUCUCAUCGCAUGUUUCCUCGGUUGAGUCGGCCAUUGUCAGCCUCGGUGCCGUGAGCUGUGUUGCACUUGCAUCUUUGUUGCUUCUCUGGGUCAAAGAUAUCAAGGGAGAGGCACAGACACAGCCCAGAAGCCACAGAGCAGUCACGUACGGCUUCAUCGCCGCGUAUCUCUCGAUAGCCACAGGCGUGACUGCGGGAGGGAUAGCCUGGAGUGCAGCUCAAUCCAUGGCAGCAAAGACGUCGAUGGCUCCAAAGCACCAGUCCUUGCUAAUCGCCCGCUGUAUUAUAUGGGCGAUAUCCGUCCUUAGUCAAGGGAUACUAGGAGGCCAUUUCUUGACAACCUUGACGAAACGGGAGUCUACCACGAAAUGGUCCCCACCAGUGUCGCAGGAGCUUGAGGUGCUUUCUGAUAAAGCCAGUGUGAAAGACGAGAGCACAGUGACAUCGACCUCCAUUGCCAGCGAGUCUCAACGACCAUCUGCUGAAUUGAAGACGAACGCUGACACUGUGCCGCCAAUCCAACCAUCGGUGUCGAACGCAGAGUCGCAGACCUCGAACCGCUACUCUGGUCGCACCCUGUUCCAGCACGACUCCAAGCAAAGCUCACUUGACCUACAGCGAUCAUAUAUGCCUCAUGGGGACUGCACCGUCACGCAGGCCACGGUCAAACUUCGCAGUGAGCCGCCAAAGAUUCGACGAAGCUACUCCGAUACUAAGAGGUCCUUGGAUGGCUUGGUUCGUCAGCCCUCUUCGACACGGUCAUCGCCGACUACGUCUUCGACACAACUGGUAACUCCCGCCAGACCGGCCCCCCCAAAGCUGAAACUUCCCGACGAGAGCUUUAUUCACCCGCUAUUCCGCUCCGAUAGCGCAUCGCCGCCUCCGACUGCGAUGCCAGGUACCACCGUGAUUGCUUCACCGGCAGCGGGCCAGACUAUUUCCGUGAAGGCCUUGAACCGGGUGAGAUCCACGCGUUCGCUACGUUCCCAAGCACCACGAAGCAGAUCACCGCUGUUCGACCAGCCACUCACCAGUAUAGAGCGCAACACCGAGUCCCCCGAACCCAGUGGUCGAGGGUCACCCAUGCCCAGCUUCAUAAUGGCGGCCGAUGUCCGGAGCAGUAUAUCGCGGUACGAAAAGAAAUAUGACCUAAAUGAAUCUCCGGAUGAGAGUUAGCUAGAAAGUAGGGGCGGGUGCCAUCGAAUUCCAGGUUUGCCUUAGAUGUCUUUCCUUUGUUGUUUCCUAUGUUGAUAGAUAUCCUGGACAUAGCGUUUGAUGUAGUUAGCAAGUACUUUCUUCUGACAAGU